AUGUCUUAUCGAGAACUAGGCAACGAGAAAUUCAAGGCCGGUGAUUACAAGGAAGCCGAGCAACUCUACACCCUAGCGAUCGCCGAACACUCCCGCUCUGACCCCAAAGUCUUUACUAACCGAGCCCUCACCCGCAUCCGUCUACAAGACUGGCCUGGCGCGGAAUCCGAUGCGCGCAAGGCGAUAGAACUGUACGGUGUCAAGAAUAAGAAUGCCGCCAUGAAGUCUCAUUAUUAUUUGGCGCAAGCACUGCUCCCGCAACGGCAUGUCGGUGAAGCGCUGGAAGAGGCCAAAAUCGCGUACGCCAUAUGUCUAGAGACACACGACAGCUCUGCAGAGCUGAUUGGCGGGUUCAUCUUGAAAGCAAAGCAGGCACAAUGGCAGGCUAAAGAGACAGCCCGGUUGAGAGAGAUGAAUGAGACGUUGGCGUUGGUGGAAGACUUGCUGGAUGCGCAAUUACAACGGGACAUUGACGCGGUGGAAGAAAAGUUCAAGGCGGGCGAGAUUGGGGAGACAGGCCGUCGGGAGGAGAUUGAAGAACUCCAGAGAGAGGCGGAAGGUAGAAGAGCAAACAUCAGGCGGGGAUUUGAGGACAAGGGUGUGCCGGAUUCAGCGGAGAGGGUUGUCCCUGACUGGCUCAUUGACCCCAUAACCUUUGAAGUGAUGCACGACCCGGUUGUGACACCCACUGGCGUCUCGUACGAGCGAGUGUCUUUGUUGAAACACAUCAAGGCCGUCGGAUGCGACCCCCUCACCAGACAGCCUCUUAAGCCGGACAAUUUGAUACCCAAUGUUGCGUUGAAGAAUGCUUGUGGAGAGUUCCUGGAGAAGAACGGCUGGGCUGCUGACUGGUAG